AUGGCACAGGUGGACGUGGGAGUUUUAAGGGCCAUCUUGAACAACGAAGAGCUGCCCAGGAGGCAGCCUAUUGUGGAGCUUCACACUUGGAAAGCAUUGGGGACUGACCGUUUGAACUGCACGCUGGUGGACGGACAGAAUGUGGCAAGAGGCGUGACUCAAGCGGGAAGUGCCGUGCAGCAAGCCAUUGAGCGUAUGGGGCAUCAGCCAAUGCUGCUUUCUCUUCAGAGAUGGACUGCACAGGAGACGUCAGGGACACCUUUUAUGCUCAUCCAAGAGGCAUCAGUGAUGGGCCCAACACUGAACCGAGCGCAACCGCAUGAGCUGAACAAUUUGUCCAGGAGGGCUGUGUCUGAAGUCCCGCUGACACAGGCCAUGAAUUCUGCGAGUGAUAUCAGCGAAGCACCGACUCAGCCAGGCCCCGUUUUAGCUGACAACAUCUACUCGAGGCCCUAUGGGGCUCCAGCGGUGGCCGUAGCGGCGGCACCAGACAUGGGGGCAGCCGUGCCAGGAUCUGGAGGCAUUCUGGGUCGUGCUCCCGAGGCGGCUUCGAAAGUUGCGGCCGGUGGACAUCUAGGCUUGGCAGCUAAGGUCUUCAAUGCCAUCCAGUCUUUGGGUUUCAAGGUGCGCUUCGUGCAGAAGGCCGAGGACAUUUUGAGCGCUGAGCGUCUCAUCUUCCCCGGCGUGGGCGCCUUUGGGGCCUGUGUGGAUGCCUUGCAGCGCAAGGGCUUCAUGGAACCUUUGAGGCAGUACCUCAAGGAGGACCGGCCCUUCUUCGGCAUCUGCCUGGGCAUGCAGACCCUCUUCGAGUCCAGCGAGGAAAACCCAGGGGUUGCAGGGCUCGGUGUGCUGCCGGGCGUGGUGAAGCGCUUUCCGGAGGCCAAGGGCUUUGCAGUGCCCAACAUCAACUGGAGCGGAGUGGCGCCCAUGUUGCGCCUGGGAUGGGCCUGGGAGUCCUGGGAGGUGGAUUGA